AUGGCUCAAAAUAUUUUAUUUUGGUUGGGUGUAACUAAACCAUCUUAUGUGAUUGAUACAGGGUGUAGCUCAAGUUUUUACGCGGUGGUACACGCUUAUCAGGCUAUACGGAGAGCGAUUAUGCGAUUGUUAGUGUUGAAUCAGGAUGGUCGCUGCAAAAUUUUCGAUGAAAAUGCAAAUGGUUACAUCCAUAGUGAAGGCAUUUCUGUAGCAUUUCUACAAAAAGCAAAAACUGCUAAGAGAAUAUAUGCUACGAUUAUUCAUAUGAAAACGAAUUGUGAUGAUUAUAAAGAAGAAGGAAUAACGUUUCCAUCUAACAAAAUGCAAAGUACACUUUUCAAAGAAUCCUACGAUGAAUGCAAUGUAUCGACGACUUGUAUUCCUUACAUCGAAGGUCAUGGUACUGGAACGAGAGUCGAUGAUCAUGAAGAACUGAAUGUUAUAGAUCACAUUUUCACUAAUUGUAAAGCUAAUGUUCUUAAAAUUGGUUCAAUCAUAUUAAAUAUAGGACAUACCGAAGGAACCAGUGGAAUUUAUUCAAUUGAUAACACGAUAAUAUUGAUGGAGUUAGGCCUCAUACCACCAAAUAUUAACUUUAAUAGACCACCUAAAAACCUGAAAGCUCAUCUAGAAGGUCAGAUCGAAGUUGUUAUCCAGCAAACUUCUUUAAUUAUUGAUUGCAUAGAUAUUAAUUCUUCCGGUUUCGGUGGUGCUAAUGCUCACGUUUUAUUGAAAUCAAACCCAAAAAUAAAACUCAACAAUAGAUUACCAGAUGAUGAUUUGCCUAAAUUCGUAGCUAUUUUAAGACGAGUUUAG